AGGAGUAAAAAAUUCCUGACGUUACAGCUUUUAUAUAGAAAAGUCGUGGGUAUAAUUUUAUGUACUGCAGCUUCGUGAAAAUUUUCUUAUAUUAUUUGUUUAUAAUUGUUUUAGUCCGACGUAAAUUGUUCUACAAUUUCUUCUGUAGUGUAAUAUGAUUAAUGAAUCCAAUGAAAAUGGAAAGGGUCUAGAACAGCAGUUUGCUGGUCUAGACUUAAACUCCACCAGUAAUUCGAGUGGAGCCAAAACUUCUGAGAGAUACAUACCUCCUCAUCUUCGCAACCGUCAGAAUAAUUUUCAGAACAGUGACGAUUCUUCAAAAUACAAUCAGAAUAGAUCAAGUCAGCCAGAGUGUGACAAAUUUGAACAUAGGCGUGAGCCUGAAAAUAUCAAGACAAGCAGUCGAGACUUUGAAAGAGACAGUUACAAAGGAGGUCGUGGAGAUUUCUCAAACUUCGGUAACCGUGGGCGGAAGUCAAAUGACUAUUCAAGUGGUGGUGGUGGUGGCGGCGGCGGCAGCAGCAGCAGCGGCAGCACUGGUUCUUUCCAGAGGAAAGUUGACUGUGAGAGGGUUGGAAAUUGGAGAGAUCCAACAUAUGUGAAGGAAAAUUGGGAAGAUAAACCUAGAGAUGAACCUCGAGGAGGGGGAAGCAGUGGUGCUCGUAAUAAUUCUUAUGAUCGUAGGAGUAAUAACAGCAGGCGCUAUGAAAGGGAAGAUGAAGACUGGAGCCGACCUCUUCCUCGUGAUGAGAGAACAGAAAGGCAGUUGUUUUCACAAGGCCAUACAGGAAUCAAUUUUGAAAAAUAUGAAGAUAUUCCUGUUGAAGCAAGUGGUGAGGACUGUCCUCCUCACAUCAAUUCAUUUUCAGAAUUGCCAUUGACAGAGAUAAUUCGCAUGAAUAUAGAGUUAACAAGGUAUACAUCACCUACACCUGUGCAAAAAUAUGCAAUGCCCAUUAUUCUUCACAAGAGAGAUCUUAUGGCAUGUGCCCAAACAGGAUCUGGCAAAACUGCUGCUUUUCUCAUACCUAUAUUGAAUCAGAUAUUUGAGAAUGGUCCUCCAAAGAAUAUUCCUGUGCCUCCACGUCAUUCAUCUAGAGUGAAGCAGUAUCCCCUUUCGCUCGUGCUCUCGCCUACUCGAGAACUGGCUUGUCAAAUCUAUGAAGAAGCUUGCAAGUUUGCUUAUCGCUCAAGAGUUCGUCCUUGUGUUGUAUAUGGGGGUGCCGAUCCAGCUCAGCAAAUGAAAGAUUUAGAUCGUGGUUGUCAUUUGCUAGUGGCUACACCUGGUAGAUUAGUAGAUAUGAUGGAAAGAGGCAAAAUCAGUUUAGAAAUGGUGAGGUAUUUGGUUCUAGAUGAGGCUGAUAGAAUGCUGGAUAUGGGUUUUGAACCUCAAAUACGUCGUAUUGUUCUUGAAGAUAGGAUGCCUGGAAUAGGAGAAAGACAAACACUUAUGUUUUCUGCAACAUUUCCUAAGAAAGUUCAGGAACUUGCAAGAAAAUUUUUGGAUAAUUAUAUAUUUUUGGCUGUUGGUCGAGUUGGAAGUACAUCUGAAAACAUUACUCAAAAAGUUGUUUGGGUUGAAGAGCACGAUAAGCGUUCUUUUUUGCUUGAUCUUUUAAAUGCUGCAGGUUUACGCAAUGGAAAUGCAUCCCGGGACUCUCUUACUCUUACUUUUGUCGAAACAAAGAAGGGAGCUGAUGCUCUUGAGCACUUCUUAUUGGGUGAAGGUUAUCCCGUUACAAGCAUCCAUGGAGAUCGUACUCAAAGGGAAAGAGAAGAAGCAUUAUGGAAUUUCAGAACAGGGCACACUUCUGUAUUAGUUGCUACAGCGGUUGCUGCUCGUGGAUUGGAUAUACCCAAUGUGAAGCAUGUAAUUAAUUUUGACUUACCUAGUGAUGUAGAAGAGUAUGUUCAUAGGAUUGGACGUACAGGCCGUGUUGGAACUGUUGGUUUGGCAACAUCUUUUUUUAAUGAAAGAAACAGAAAUAUGGCACUUGAUCUUGUUGAAUUGAUUACUGAAACUAAGCAAGAAUUGCCUGAGUGGCUUUCAAUCUUAGCUAAAGAAGUUCAAAUGGAGCAACGAUGUAAUGCAGGCUCAAGAAAAUAUUCAAGUGGGAAAAAAUAUGGUUCUGGAGGUUUUGGUUCUAGAGAUUAUCGUCAGUUUGGUGGCUCUCGUGAAAGAACCAAUGGACCAAGAAAUACUAGUGCAAACAAUUACACCUCCCCGAACUUUGGAUAUGGUGGAAAUCAGUACCCCAAUCAAUUUAGAAAUAACUAUGGUGGUGCUUCAUCUAAUGAUUGGUGGGGUAGUUAACUGUUCCCAAAUAUAAUCUUCAAAGUUUUAGUUGAAUUUGCAUCAUAACAUGGUUAUUUACCCAACUAAAGAUAAACAUUUGCAGAGAAACAUCAAACGUCUCUUUUUGUAUUUGCAUGUCAUACAUAUAUCUAGAAUUUGUUUAAGCGUAUCAGUUUAUUUUCAUUUGCAGAUAAUUGGCGUUUUUCUUGCUUUAAUAUUUUGUUUUUCUUUAUGCCUAGUAAAAAAAAUGUUAAGUGUUAAUUUCUUUUAAAAUAUGUAUGUAGCCUUCAUAGUGUCUCUUUUUAUUACAAUGAUUUAUUAGUGCAGAGCUGUCUGCUUCAUUCAUUUGUGAAUCGUGAAUGAAAUGUUAUUGUCGGAAGUUAGGAUUUAAUAUGAGGAAAUGCCAAAGAAAAGAGAUGUAAUAUUAAAUUUGAUUUGGUAGAUAGCUUUAUCUAUAAAUCAUAUUAAUAUGGAUGGGAGAACAUAAAUAUUAAGCAUGUGUUUUGUCUGAUCAUUAAUAUUAUGCAAGGUCAUACUUUUAAGUGUAUUAAUUUAUAAUAGCUGGUGAUGGUGUCGUCGGUUCUCAUUUAAAAUUGUAUUGCAUGGAGAGUAAUACCAUUCUAUGGCAAUAAAUCUUGAUUGUUAUUUCCUUCCUUAAUACGUUCAAUGCUUCAUAAGUUACAUUUUUGAGUACUAUGUUAAAACAUUUUGAAUUAUUGGUUUUAAUGUGUGAAGAUUUAAACGAAGUAUUUAUUGUAGUUUCCAAUUCUAUAAUUAUUUCGUAUUUAAUAAGCUGUUGGAGACGCUUAGUUUUUCUAUUAAAUUCAUUAUAUAAUGCUCAGAUUAUUUUAUAAUCAAACCUUUCAAUGCAAAACUUUAUUAUAUUAUUUUUGCUACUAAAUAAUGAAAUUCUAUACCUCAUGCCUGUUCUUAGUGUGUUCUUCAUUCAAUGUAAUCAUAUUCUUAUGUUUUUAUAUAGUUAAUCUCAUUUUCUUUUUGUGUUUGACAGUUCUGUACAAAAUGGUAAUGCCGAAAGGACUUACUUUAGCUCUGUUGUAAUUAACUUGAUUUUCCUGUGAUAAGGUCUGGUUUUGUGUCAUUUCAUUCUUAUAUUUAUAGUUAAGUCAUUUUCAUGAUUAAUCAAUGGGUUCAUAAUGUGAAUCAGUUAAAGGGAUGAAAUUAGGUUUAAAAAUGAGUUUGUUUUUACUGCUAAAAAUUAAAAGCAAUAUGUAUACUUGUAUUUUGUAUUUCCCCUUUAGGCUGGCUGUAUUUAUGGUCUCUUAAUAAUCGAUAGAGAUUAUUGACAAGCUAGAUUUUGAAUUUAUUAAUAGCACAGUUCAUUGAGCAUGUAUAAAUCAAGUAAAGAACAUCUUUAGUCGUUUUAUGUAUUGCAUUGACAUAUUAUUUUGUGUGAUAUUGUAUUUUUUUACUUUGAUAUCACAACGUGUAUUCUGCUGGUCAUUAUUUCUUAGCAUAUUAGUCAUAACUUUUUAUCUUAAGAAUGUCUUGCUGAAUAUUUUGCUUUCUUUUAUUAUAUAUUACAACUGGCAUUUGAGCAUGUUUAAUUUUUAGGUUUUAUUCUGUGAAAAGAAAAGUAAUUGAAAUUUUACUCGUAAGAUGUAACAAGCUUUAUUUAAUUAUAUCAUUUCCCUCUCUGAAACUCUUGGAAUUACUAUUACUAUUAUUUCUUUGAAAAUAAUGCAUUGCUCAGAACUAUCAAGUAUUGCUGGAGCAGGUUUUCUCCUUUGUUUAUAUGACAAGGAGUUGGAGUGGCUGCUUUAAGAUUUCUUUUUAAUAAAUACUCAUUGAUAUAAUAAGAUUUCUUUUGGAUAAAUACUCAUUCGUAUAAUAACAUUUCUUUUUAAUAAAUACUCAUUAUAAUUUUUCCUUUUCAGUAAAAUAGCAUAGGCAGAUAUAUAAAUAUUAAAAAAAUUGUCAUUAGGUCAGUGGUUCCUUUGUGGAAUACGAAGCAGCUGUCAUGAGGAUUUUGCAUCAUCAGUAGGUCACUAUAAAAUUAGAAUCCAUCUUCUUGGAAUUAUGAAGAGUUCCUACAUAAUAAUGAGCAAACAUCAGCGUUUAUUUGACAUAUCAUUUUAUGUUUGGUGUGACAUUGUCAUCUCUGGCUGAUACACCUUGAAACCCCACCAAAAGUUUUUUAAAUCGUAAAUAUGAUGGGCUGAAUAAUUUAGUAGCAAUAAUCUAUAUUCUGUUUUAAUUGUUGGAAAGAUUUGUUUACAUCUGAGCAAUGUUAAAAAUUAUUUGAGAACGUAAGGGAAUUCUGUGUGAAGAUUUAUGUGCGAAUGUUGUGUUAUCUCAAAAAAUGUAAGCUUUAAAAGUCAUGACUUGAGUUAUAGCUUACCUUUUAUUUACUAAUGCUUUUUUAUGACCGUUGUAUACAAGCAUAUUUCUUGUUAUUAAUUAUCUAUUCAUUGUCUUUAUUUUAUUAUGUUUACAUGAAUACUUAGUACAUUGUCUUAAGUGUAUUUAUUGGCGUGAGUUCUUUUUUAAUUGACCGAGAUAUGCAAUGUGUUGCAUUAAUCAAUCAUAUGUGUGCAUGUUUUAUAUCAAUAGGAUGGGAGUAUACUUAUCACCUAUUAAAAUAUUUUGUUAUUGCAGCUGGAUUAUCAGCAAUUCAGCGAGAUUGUGCUGAUAAGAUUUUAAAAUAUAUUUUAUAUUGACUAGAAUAUCCCGUUCGUGAUUUAUAUCAAUGCUCAAAAAUGUGCAGUGAGAUUCAAAAUGAUGUGCAACCACCAUUUAUUUUCUGUGAUAACUUGUGUCAAAAUUGUGAUUUUCCAUCCGUUUUGAAAUAUCUUUUUCUUUCGUUUCUUCAUAAACCGGAGAUAAGCAGCUUUAUUUUAAUUGUUUGAAUCAUUCUGAGUGAAAUCUAAUUUAAAGAUAGAAAGAAAGGUAUAUAAAUACUCAUUUCAAGUUUUCUUGUGGUCUUUAACAUUGUGGUGAACUUUUUCUGGUUAAUCUACUUAAUUUAGCUUCUUCGUGUAAUGCUGUUGACUUAAAUCGUCAUUGAGAAAGAUGCAAUAAUAUAAAUAUCCGAUUCUUAAUUUAACAUUUUGUUGAUUAUGAAUGCUGUUGUUUGUUAUAUUUUUGAAUAAUUUAAAUGAAUUUACUUCAUUUGUCGCUUUAUUUGUUGGAAUUUAAAUAUUUUUGUGACCUUAUAUAAUAAACGUAUGGAAUUAACAUUUUACAGUACUUGAAAUGAGAAGCUUUAAAUGUAUUCUCUGAGGGGGGCUGGGCAGUCACUGAAAAAAUAUUUUUACUAUGGAGGGGGGAAAAAACCCACAAAAGUAAUUAUAGGUGCAAUAAUCUUUGACAAGUGUAACAUUGUUCUGCUGAUUUUAAUAACACCGGUGCCGUUUCCUAAGUGCGCCAUUCGACACAUGUCAGGGAUGCAUCUUUUUCUCAUAAAUUGAUGUUGGAAGAUUUAUGACAUUUUAAAAAAUGAGAGGAUGGUCUUUUACUCUCUCUUCCCAGUGGAAAUUGUAUUUUAUCACUCUCCCUGUGAAGAUUUUACUCAUAAAAUGAUUCGUGCUGCUUAUCUCGUGGACAAGGCAUUUCUUUUAAUAUCAGUCUUAAAUAUUAUUUUCGAGCAUAUUGCUUUAAAGCGAUUGCAUUUUGAAUUUUAUUUUUGUUUAAUCUCUUAAAUUUGUUUGCAAAUAAAAGUUUUAAAUCAUUAGAAAAUCCACAAAAUGGUUUGCUUAGUCUUGUCAUGUAAAUGUCCCCCCCCCUUAUUGUCUAUAAAAACCAACUUGUUUUGUAGAAUUCUGUUAAUGUGCUCAUUUAUUGGUAUAUGUAUACAUAUUUGUGUUAAUGUAUAUGUAUACAUUUCCCCAGUUUUAUUUUUGAGCAAGAUUCGUUAAAUGACUACCUGAAAGGGAUAUUUUUAUACAACUUAGGUGAUAAAUUUUGGUCAGUUAAUGAACUCUGUAAAAUAUUGAUUGUUUCUAAUAAUUUGUUACCUGUUCAGUUGUGUUGUCUGUAAAUUUCCUUUGUUAUUUAAUAUAUUUCAUAUCCUCUAUAUUUAGUUAUUAUUUUUUGCUGGAGAAAUGAAUUGUAAUAGUUUUUUAAAACGUUUUUAGCUUUGAAAUCGCUGACUUCCUUGUUAUUUAUUGGCAUCUGAGAGAGAAAACGCUGUUUUACAAAUAUGGGCUCUAAAAUGCCUUGUUUUCAGCCAGUUAAGAAACUGUCCAUUAUGUAACCAGAACUUGUGAUUCUUAAUGGAGGAAUAAUUCCUCAAAUCUCUAUGCAAAUGUCAGAAAAAAAAAAGUGAAAUAUGGUGAUAUUUUGCUAUAUAAACUUUGGUUAAAUCUUAUGAAAUUAAUUUAUUACAAUUUUAGCUAUGUGACAUAUUAUGCAUAUAUAAAGUUUACAGAUGUUUUAUUUGCAUUAUUAUAUAAGCAUACAUAUAGUGGAUUAUUUAUAGAGCGCAUAAAUAUGCUAUUAACAGAUGCCUAUUACUUUAUUUUAAAAAAAUUAAGCAAUGAUUGUUUCUCUGAGAAUCAGUUAAUAUAUUUAGUUUGUUGCCAACUUAUAUUUUAGAGCACUUUCUUUAGUUUUGGAAUGGGUUUCCUUUUUGAACAUUGCAAAUUUAAAAGUUUCUUUAUUCUGCCAAUAAUCUAUUAAGUAUAAAUAAAGAGAUAUUUGCUAUAA